CAAACUAGAAACCAUUGUACUCAUCCGUCAUCACCACUUCCAAAUAACUUUCCAAAACCAACCUUUUUAAAACCUCCAAAAUGGAACCUUUCCACUCCCCAGCUGGAAAUCCCUACCCAUACUAUGGCCUUCCCACCACAGUGAUGACGAGCUUCUGUAGGACACCCACAAGUCCCAUUCCCAGCCCUUGUAAGGCAAUGGACCCUAGAAUCUGGGGCAGCCUCCCCCACAAGCUCAUUGACAGGGUACUCGUCUUCCUCCCGCCGUCGGCCUUCUUCCGGUCGCGGUCGGUCUGCAAGAGAUGGUAUUCCCUCCUCUUCUCCUCCAAGUUUCUUGAAAUGUAUUUGCAGGUUUCCCCAGACUGCCAUUGGUUCGUGUUCUUCAAGCACAAGGGCUUGAAGCCCUACAUUUGUAGGGGUGGUGCCAAUGAUGACUCCGAGACGCCGCAUGAAGGGUACUUGUUUGACCCUCGCUCGUUGGCAUGGUACCGCCUCUCGUUCCCUUCGGUCCCGAGGGGGUUUUCUCCCGUCACGUCGUCCGGGGGCCUGAUCGGAUGGGUCUCGGACGACGCGGGCCCGAAGAACAUUCUUUUAUCCAACCCCCUCGUGGGGUCGUCGGUGGUCCCCAUCGCCCCCACUCUGAGGCCGAGGCUCUUCCCGAGCAUCGGGUCCCACAUCACCAGGUUUUCGAUAGACCUCGUGGUGGCAGGGGACGACCUGACGUCCCAGUACGCGGUCAAGAACCUGACGGCGGAGAGCUUCCACGUGGACGCCGGCGGGUCCUACUCCAUGUGGGGCACCGCCGCCCCGCUCCCGAGGCUCUGCAGCUUCGAGCCGGCGGGGACCACGGUGUACGCCGGGGGGAGGUUCUACUGCAUGAACUCCGGCCCCUUCGGCGUGCUCUCGUACGACGUUUCGUCGAACGCAUGGUGCAAGAUCCAAGCCCCGAUGAGGCGGUUUCUGCGGUCCCCGAACUUGGUGGCGGCGGGCGGCGGCGGCGGCGGGAAGGAGGUGGUCAUGAUGGUGGCGGCGGUGGAGAAGAGGAAGCUGAGCGUGCCGAGGAGUCUGAGGAUGUGGGCCCUGCGGGAGUGCGGGACCACGUGGGCGGAGACCGAGAAAAUGCCGCAAGAUCUGUACAUUCAGUUCGCGGAAAUGGAGGGCGGGAAGGGGUUCCACUGCGCGGGCCACGGGGACUUCGUGGUGAUAACGGCGAAGAACUCGGCGGCGGCGGUGAUGUUUGACUUGUGCGCCAUGAAGUGGGCGUGGGUCCCUCCUUGCCCGUUUGUUCGGCAAGAUCUGCCGCCGUGUGGCGGCGGCGGAGAGCUGCGUGGGUUUGCUUACGAGCCGAGACUGGCGACGCCGAGCAGGAGCAGACGCGACAUUGGCGACCCAGAGCUGGUGCGACCCGACCCGCGUCGGUCUGCCAUCAACGCAUCCAACACCGGCGGUUCCAACAAGGACUUCCAGCCGGCGACGUGCUUGCCUUGCUAUUUGCGAGCUACCAGCGGCAACACCGCGACGAACAGAGAGCCUCCAGGGCUGACGAGACGCUCCUCCCUCCUCCCGACGACCCUAAUUUCUGGUGAAGCCCUCAGCCAGUCGACGAACAAAGAGCAGAGACAGAGCUCCGAUUUCAGAUCCAACUUGGGCGUGAAAAUCCCAAAUUACCCCUGGUUCUUUUCUUUACUUAAGUUUCAAUUGUGUCCUUAUUAGUCAUUUUAUUCCCAAUUUCUCCUACUCUAUAUAUACUCCUCUAACUCCAUUUUGUUAAGAGAGCUCCUCCAUUCCUUUGUUCUACAUUCUAGAUUAGGGUUUAUGUUCAUCUUUAUCUUCUUCAUCAUUUCAUGUUUAUUUUUGGGAGCUCCAACAUUAGAUUUUAACUCUUUAAUGUUUGUUUAGUUGUCUUUUGGUAUUAAUCCUUAUUCCUUUAAUAUUUUCAUGCUUCUUUGUUUAUUUGCCCCUCUCUUAUCUUUAUGUAUUUCUUUAGAUUUAGCAUGCUAGGCUAGAUUUUCUAGCCUAGGUUAGGGAUGGAUUGUUGAUUUGUGCUUGUUGUUGAUGGUUUAGCGUGAAAUAUGAGAUAUUGCUCUAGGUUGUUUGUAGGGAUUAUGCUAUAUCUAUGCUUGGAUGUUAUUGUUGGCCACGAUGGCAUUCUUGUAUUCCAGAGUGAGUUCUAAAUCACCUAGGAAUCAGGAUUUAGACUCGUAGCCGUGUGUCUCUACUCUCAAGUCCUACCACGGAAGUGGAGGAUACUUGACGAGCUUGUUUGAUGUGUUUGUAGUUCUCUUAGACGAGCGCCACGGAAGUGGGUUCUUCUCAAGGGGAUUCUUUCCCGAUUCUCACGGAAGUGAAAUUGGGGAGAUUUGCUCGCUUCCUUGUUCAUUUCUCAUUUUCCUCUACUCCGUUGGCAUUUGCAUUGUUAGCAUGAAAUCCU